AUGUUUGCUAAGCUGGUCAUCUUAUUCGCCGUCUUGGCUUUCGCCAUGGCUAGACCUCAGCAACUAUACUCCGGAUAUUAUAAUACCUACUCAGGUGGAUAUCCAGGCUACUAUGGAGGCUACUCUGGUUAUUCAAACCCAUCAGCAUACAGUGGCUACGGCGGCUAUGGUAGCUAUCCCUAUAACAGUUAUAAUGGUUACAACGGAUUUUACUAA